AUGGUGCAGAAGAUGCCUGGUUCAGUUGUCCAAAUAGAAACACGACCACUGUACAAUGGGAAUGAGGAGGCGCAAGGUGUAAAAAUACUUCAUCGUGUAUUUUGGAGUUUCAAUCCAUGCAUUAGGGCAUUCAGGCAUUACAAGCCCCUGGUUCAGGUUGACGGCACACACCUAUACGGAAAAUACAAAGGUACACUUCUAGUCGUUGUUGCACAAGAUGGGAACCAGAACAUUGUGCCUAUCGCCUUUGCCUUGGUGGAAGGGGAGACAGCUGAUGCGUGGCACUUCUUUCUCAGGAAUCUGCGAAUGUAUGUUGUUAGAAAAGAUGGUGUGGGUAUGAUCUCAGACCGACAUGAGUCAAUACGGGCAGCAGUAAAUCGUUCCGGUGGCGACUGGCAACCUCCAAGAGCAUGGUGGAUGUUUUGUAUAAGAUACAUUGGCAGUAACUUCUUAAGGUCAUUCAAAGUUCCUCACUUACAAAAGCUUGUUGUCAACAUAGGGUAUUCAAGAACGGUGGAGGAGUACAAUAUCAACUACAAGAGGUUGGAAGAGCGAGGCGAGGCAUAUGCCAGGUGGUGCGAUGCCAUUGGACUCAGACAUUGGGUAUUGGCAUUCGACGAGGGACAUCGAUGGGGCCAUAUGACAACGAACCUUGUCGAGUGCAUUAACUUAGUCUUGAAGGGUGCCCGUAAUCUACCUGUGUUGGCGCUGGUCCGAGCAACAUAUUAUAGGUUAAAUAAACUUUUUACGCGGAAGAGUGCCGAGACUCACGAACGCAAGCGUGCUGGAUAUACGUACUCCGCAUUUGCGCAACAGCGGAUAGAAGCAAGUAUGCAACAGGCUGGAAAUAUAGUUGUGCACCGUUUUGAUAGACGAAAUGAGGUGUUUGAGGUGCGCGAAAUGACUACUGGAAAGGUGCUAGUUGUUGAUCUUGCGCGACGGACGUGUGAUUGUGGGCACUUUCAGGUUGAACGAAUACCAUGUCGCCAUGUUAUUGCUUGCUGUGCUAACCAGCGUCUCGAUUGGCAGUUGUAUGUGCAUGAUGUGUACAAGAUGACAGAGGUUCGUAGAGUAUAUAAGUUUGAGUUCACACCAUUAGGUGAUCCCGAUACAUGGCCCCCUUAUGAGGGACCUACAUUGGUCGCUAAUCCCGCGCAGAGGCGAACGUCUAAAGGCAGGCCCAAACUGACCCGAUACUUGAAUGAAAUGGACUCACACGACAUGCGUGGUCCUCGGAUAUGCCGUCUUUGUGGUGCUCAGGGUCAUAGUCGGAGUAGGUGUCCUCAGCGUGCUGGACCGAGUGGUGCUGCUUCGUAG